ACGUUUACGAGGAAAAAUGACGUUACUCGUCAUAUUCGUGCUUCAGGUGCACAUCCCGACUACCAGGAGCAGUCCGACAACGUAAAGUGUAAAAUUUGCGGCAUCGAUCUUUCUCGCUCUGAUGCUCGUAUACGCCACGAACGUACAGAUGCCUGCGGGAAACGCAAUGUACAACGAUCGCGGGACAAGAAGACUCGAACUGCUACCACCUGACAUGCCAACAUUCGUUUUAAGCCGAUCGAGUAACCAUCUAAAUGCUGUCCUCCAUUGUAUAUCUUACAUCUAUCUGGGCUAUGUGAUUUACUUGUUUCCUAGUUUGCACUCCCAAUACAACGUUCCUAUGGCAUGCGGUAUUAACCAGGUGCCUUCAUUUAGAUACCUAGCCUAACAAACGGUGGAUACAUUUGCCGAAGUGGGGCUUCCGUUUUAUACGGGCGGCCCCCGGUCGGUCAUUCUAAAAUAUCAGAACGC